CCACCGGGCUGCGCUAGGAUUCCGUUAGUGGAUUUUAGCUAAAAUGGCGGUCGCUGUGCGAACUUUACAGGACCAGCUGGAGAAGGCGAAAGAAAGCCUAAAAAGCGUAGACGAAAACAUUCGCAAAUUGACUGGCAGAGAUCCCAACGAUCUUAGACCUGGCCAAGCCAGAAGGCUAGCCCUCUCAGGCCCAGGUGGAGGUAGGGGGCGAGGAAUUGGUCUGUUGAGGCGUGGACUCUCAGAGAGUGGAGGAGGACCCCCAGCUAAGCAGAGGGACAUCGAAGGGGCACUCUUGAGGCUUGCCGGCGAUCAGCGAGGGAGGAGAGAUUCACGCCAUGACAGCGACGCCGAGGAUGAUGAUGAUGUCAAAAAACCGGCGUUGCAGUCAUCCGUUGUUGCUACCUCCAAAGAACGAACACGCGGAGAUCUAAUUCAGGACCAAACGAUGGAUGAGAGGGGAAAGCAAAGGAAUCGACGUAUGUUUGGCUUGUUGAUGGGAACCUUACAGAAGUUCAAACAGGAGUCCUCUGUAGACAGUGAGAAGCAAAAAAGGCGUUUGGAAAUUGAGCAAAAGCUAGAAGUGCAGGCAGAACAAGAGCGCAAGAAGAUCGAGAACGAGAGACGAGAGCUGUUUGAGGAGAGACGCGCCCAGCAGACACAGCUGAGGCUCUUGGAGCAGAAAGUGGAACUCGCUCAGCUGCAAGAGGAGUGGAAUGUGCACAACGCCAAGAUCAUAAAAUAUAUCCGCACAAAGACCGAGCCUUCUGUUUUCUACAUUCCUGCCAAGAUGUGCUCAGCCACUCAGAAGCUCUUGGAGGAGUCUCAGAAAAGGAUGAAUGCCAUGUUAGAGGAGAGGCGUGAGGCCUUUGCAGAACACCUGAACAAGAUGGAGGCUCGGCCUAGACGGCUACUGCUGAGAGUCAGGGACCGAGGGGAGCCCCGUGGCGGAGCCCCGAAGACUGAAGAGCGAGAGGAGGGUAAGGCAACGGGGCAGGAGGGGGAGCUGCAGGUGACACGUAACCGUGGUGAUGUAGGGGGGGAGGGGGAGGUGGGCAUAGCGCAGAAUGUUCAGGAGCGGCAAGCUGAGAUGAAGGAGCAGAUGGAGGAGGGUAAAGGGGGCGGUGAGGAGGAGGAGGAGGAUGGUAUGGGGCUGGAAGAAGGCAGGGAGCUAGAGGUGGAGCAGGAGGAGGUGGAAGCAGAGGGGCAGGUAGAGGAUGAGGAGGGGCAGGAGAGCGUAGUGCCAGUGGAGAUGGAGGUAGGUAAUGAGAGCAGGGAAGUUGAGGUUGAAGCUGAAGGAGAUAAGCAGCCCCAGGCAGAAUAUCCCCACGAGCCCGGGAGCCUGGAGAAUGGCUCAGAGUCCUGCCCCGUACCCGGCCGGUCCGUGGAACCCGACGCCGCGGGAGACUCGGGUCCAGCCCUGCUGGCCCUGCCACCCUUGCGGGCCGGGCCUGAAGCUGGCAGUGAGGUCGGUGAGCGUGGCCAGACGGCCCAGCCCGAAGCGGAGGGCCCAGCCAAGGCCCCCGACGCCCCCGCUGGCGGCCGGGGCAGGACCGCGGCCAGGGACAGGGUGCGGAGUCGGAGCAGCAGCUCCAGCUCCAGCGGCUCGUCCGGCUCCAGCGGCUCGAGCAGCUCCAGCAGCAGCAGCAGCUCAUCCAGCAGCCGAGGCCGCGGCCACGCCAGGGACAGGAACCGGAGGGGCGGGACCUCCAACAGGGACAGGAAGAGAGGGGGCGCGCCCACCACAAGGAGGCGCAAGCCACCCAGAGGUGGUGGCCGGGAUGCCAAAGGGUCUAAGGACAAGAGCACCAAGGCGGACAGGAAGAGGAUGCACUGUGAGGGCAGCCGGGCAGGAAAGAGGCCCCCUCACAAGUCAGACAGGAAGGAGAAGAGGCGCUGAGGCAGCACGUGUAAGCAGCCUUGGAGGAAGAUGGCUUGUGACAGAGCAAGGGGAAGGCUUUCCUCUGCAGAUAAGCAAGCAGACUUUGCAUUGCGUAUUCCUUUUUAAUUCUCAAAUUCAAUCACAUUACACCUGCUAAUGUUUAGUCCUCGCAUGGGUUUUUCUAUUGUUUUACUUCCCUACACUUAGUAGUAUCUUCAAUCUACAUGCUCAGUACUCUGCUCCAAGGAGGGAAAGGUCACUUAAAUGUGUUUUUAAAAAAAAUAAAUAAAACUGCAGCUUUAAAAAUUAAUGUGUCAAAUUAAUGCAGACAAAAUGUAAUUAAUUCAUUACCAGGUAGUUGUUGAGCUCUGAUGCCACAGCGCCCCCUGCUGGACUCAGAUUCAUAUACAGCUUGGUCCCAGUCACCCUAGAAACAUUGUAUUUUGGUGUACUUUUGUAAAUAUUGCUCCAUUUUAGCUCUUAAUUCUUCAUUCAGUGUCUAGUCUUACAAAGAAUGAUUUAUUUAAAUCGCUUCUCUUACAGGAGCUUUUUUGUACCAGUGCAUCACCUUCCUAAAUAAAGCGGGUUGGUCUUUUCUGUCCUCCAUUCUA